CUGUUUGUUACCUGUGUCAUUGGUGAGGGAAUAUUUUACUAGAUUUCGAGUUCGGGAAACGAGGUCAUCGACUACCUAGCUAAAUAUCAUUAAUAGCCUACUUAUCAAAACGUUUUGUUAUUGCUCACAUCUGUUUAUUUACGUAAACAACUAUUAGUACGUGUAUGUAUUAUUUAAGUAGGUACUGAUAACUUUACAACCCAGCAACCGGGUCCAAGUGAUAAUAAUCACAGUAUCACCGUCAGGGCAUUUAAAAACAAAAUGGAUUCUUGUGAACAUUCUCUCGAUAAUAUUAUUAAGAAUAAUUUAAAUCCCGAACAAUUGAAGGAGUUCAACAGGAUUUACUAUGGAAGGGAGAACCACAGUGAAUUGAAAUUAAAGGAAUCGACAAGGAAAAUAAGCAACGAGAAGAAUUUUCAAGUCGCCGCGUACUCUUUCUCCGCUGCGAAUGAAGAGGUUAGAAAUCCAAGAGUUGUAAAGUUGGGAUUGGUUCAACAUUCAGUUGUUUUACCAACAGACCGACCGGUAGAUGAACAGAGAAACGCUAUCUUUGAAAAAGUAAGUCAUAUCAUCGAAGCAGCCGCCGCUGAAGACGUGAACAUACUCUGCCUGCAAGAAACAUGGUCUAUGCCCUUCUUUCUGUGUACCAAAGAAAGAGAAAAAUGGUCUGGAUUCGCCGAAUCUACUGUGAACGGCCCAAGUGUAACCUUCCUCAGUCAAUUAGCGAAAAAACAUGAUAUGGUCAUCAUAUCACCUAUUCUAGAAGAUGAUAACGGUGUUUGGUGGAACUCAGCGGUUGUUAUUGACGCGAACGGAACGGUUUUGGGAAAACACAAGAAGAAUCAUUUACCCAGUAUUGGGGGCUUUAAAGAAACGGAUUAUUACAGUCCCGGGGAUGGUGGCCAUCCAGUUUUUGACACCAGGUAUGGGAAAGUGGCCGUGAAUAUUUGCUAUGGUCGCCAUCAUGCAUUGAACUGGAUGAUGUUUGGCCUAAACGGUGCAGAAGUAGUUUUCAACCCCGCGGCAACUAUUGCUGAAUUUGGAGAAUCAUUCUGGGGUAUUGAAGCCCGCAACGCAGCGAUAGCCAACAAUUACUUUACUUGCGGCAUUAACAGAGUUGGUACUGAAGUCUUUGGAGAAAAGAAAAUAACAAGAAGUUACUACGGCUCCAGUUACGUAACUGCUCCUAACGGAAUAAGGACCCCAAGUCUUUCAAGAGUUAAAGAUGGACUUCUCAUUGCUGAAGUGGACUUGAAUUUAUGCAGACAAAUAAAAGAUCACUGGGGAUUUCAAAUGACCGCGCGACUGGACAUUUACGCGGAUGAGUUACGAGAACAAGUAGCUACAAAUUAUGUAAAUAAUUAAUCAGUUUCCAGUAAAUAUAAGUACUCUUCUUUUU